CGUUAAAGGAAAACUCAGUACCCUGUUUUUAAAAUCUGUUUCUUCUUUCGCUUCUAUGAAGAAAUGGUUUCCAAGAUUAUUAAGAGAACUCCGCCACGAUCCAUCAAGCGCCACCGUAGAAAGACUUCUCCGACGAAGAAGAAUGCUUCAUCCACCGUCAUCGCCUCCCUCAACAAGUCCCUCAAGACAUGCCAUCGCCGCCUCGUGAGGCUUUUCUCCAAGUUAGCUCGCAUAGCAACUCCUUCGACCACCAAACGCCGCCUCCGCGGAUUCAAAAUCCUCAAAAUAGGGAGCAAUUCCAUCGUUCCUCGUACCCUUGUAUUCGACCGUUGCCUGCUUCCGCCGUCGAUAUUCGAGACGAAAAGAACCAUCGUUCUUGAUCUAGACGAGACCCUGGUGCAUUCCAGCUCCGACGCGCCUCCCAAAAUGUACAAUUUUAUAGUGAGGCCGAGCAUGGAAGGUCAAAUGAUGAAUUUUUACGUGUCGAAACGGCCCGGUGUCGAUUCCUUCUUGGAAGAAAUCAGCAAGAAAUACGAGGUGGUGGUGUUCACGGCGGGGCUCGAGCAUUAUGCUUCGCUUGUUCUGGAUAAGCUCGAUCCCAAGGGUCUGAUAUCGCACCGGCUGUAUCGGGAUUCGUGCAAGGAAAUGGAAGGGAAGCUGGUUAAGGACUUGUCUGAAAUGGGGAGGGAUUUGAGGAAAGUGGUGAUUGUUGAUGAUAACCCUAAUGCUUACUCUUUGCAACCCGAGAACGCUGUUCCAAUACGACCGUUUGUGGAGGACGGUGAGGAUAGGGAGUUGCAGAAGUUGGUGAAAUUCUUUGAGUGGUGUGAAGGGUUCGACGAUAUGAGAGUGGCUGUCCAGCAGUAUUUUAGAGGCGGCGGUGAUGGUGGCAGCAGCGGCGGAUGGUGA